AUGAGUGCAUCGACGUUUACCGACGCCUCUGUCACGCGCGAAGCUCAGAGUUCUGAUUUUGACCUGAUCAUUCGUCAGCAGCCCGACCGGGCGCGCGUGGCCGGGGGCAAAGAGAAAGAACGUAAACCCAUCGAUCCGCCCCCAAUCGUUCAGCUUCGAGUGCGCGAAGAGGGUUCUUAUUUAGCUCACCUGUACGAUGCCACAGAAGACCGUCCAGUCCCUGUUGCCCCUUCAACAGCGUUGGCGGGAACGUUAGUCUCGUCUCUUCACCGGCUGAAAGACGUCGAUAACAGCGAUGGUGGGUUCUUCGUUUUUGGUGACUUGUCGGUAAAAAUUGAGGGCGAGUUCCGCCUCAAGUUCACUCUCUUUGAAAUGCGCAAGGAUGUUGUCACCUACUUGAAGACAGUGAUUUCAGAUCGAUUCAAAGUCUCGCCGCCCAAGAAUUUCCCAGGAAUGAUGGAAUCAACUUUCCUGUCACGAUCAUUCGCGGACCAGGGUGUAAAAUUGCGCAUACGCAAAGAGCCUCGGACUAUGAUGAAACGGUCUGCACCUCGCCCGGAUGAAUUUCCUCAGCCAGCUCCUCCUCGAUCGCCCGAGCGCCAACCGGUGCAAAUGACGCCUGCUGUCUCUGGAUACGCGGGCUAUCCAGUAUCUGCCACGUCCCGAGACUACAGCCAGUAUUACGGUGCCCCUCCCGUGAAACGUCAUCGUACGUCGAUCGACUACGGGCGGCAGAACAUUUACGAGCAAGAUCCUCGGAUGGCUGCUCGUCCAAUGGAUCCAUAUAGUCAGCCCACCACAAUGUACAAUCAGCAAGCGACGUACCAAACGCCAGGGAUGCAGCCGUACCAGGCCAGCCAGGUGGUGCCAGAUUACGGGAUGUCAUAUGGCCUUCAUCCAAGUGCGACCUCCAUGUCACAAAUGACCGACCCCUCCGGCCAGUCCCGUCCUAGCCAACAGGCGACCGUGGGGCAGAUGAUGACUAUGAACCAACCCGGCACACCUACACCCGACUCCACCGCAGCAAUGAUGGCUCAUGGUUACCCUCGAUCCGGAUAUCAAACCCCCGAGAACACAACAAUCCUCCCUCCAUUACAGCGCGGUUACAAUCCUGCCCCCAAUGGAGCCGCUACCCGCGGUCUGUUUGAACAGCCUGCCUCGGCCACCUCAAUCCUCCCCUCGCAGCUGGGCCCCGAAGGCAAUAGAUACGGCCCUACAAACGAGAGUCCUCCGUGA